AUGGCACCGUUACCGGAGGGCGUGACGGAAGCUGGUCAGAAGCUUCUGUCCGACGUGGAGGCGGUGAUGGAACGAUGCAAGGCGCUGCAGGAAACAGCGGCGGGGUACAGCCAGCGACUCAAGAGCGAAGGCAACGCUCUCGGCGAGCGUGCGAUCGCGCUCGAAAAGGAGCUUCGCGCGCUGCGAAAGAGCGUCAACGUCGCAGCGGCGAAAGACGAGGUUUCGCCCGAAGUCGCAGAGCAGAUGGAGGAGGAUCUGGUGCGGGCCAGGAGCAUGGUGUAUGAGGGUGAUAUAGCGGCGCUGCUGCCACACAAGGCCAACGGCUUCUUCCUAUGGCUGUUCCUGGGCCAUGUGAAUGUUCGGUCAUCCAGGAGGGACGUGAGGUUUAAGGUCAAGGAGGAGUACAACAGCUAUAGGGAUCGCACGGCGCUCAUCUUCCUGGGUGCGCCGCUGCUGCUGCUGGCAGCGAAGCAGGCUAUGAACCAACGCUGCUUGCCAGGCCUCGUGGUGCACGUGUACCAAGCGUGGCUGCUGCUGUUCUACACCAGCCUGGCUCUGCGGGAAAACAUCCUCCGCAUCAAUGGCAGUGACAUCCGCCCCUGGUGGAUCUACCAUCACUACUACGCCAUGCUCAUGGCUCUUGUUAGCCUCACCUGGGGCAUUGAGGGGCCGGACUGUGCCAUGAAGCAGCAAGGCAUCAUGCUCUUCCUCAUGUGGGCGGUCAUUCAAGGGGUUGCCAUGCUGCUGCAGAACCGCUACCAACGUCGUCGUCUCUACACCAGAAUAGCGCUCGGCAAGGCAGGGCAAAUGGACGUGGUGUGGGGGGAGACAGCAGGCAUGAAGGGGCAACUUGUGCUGCUCUACCCACUCCUCUUCAUUCUCCAGUUCUUCCAGCUCUAUAUCGGCGUGCGCCUGCUCCGCACAUCACUCUACGAGAUGUUUGAGUGGCAGCUUUUUGCCUGUGGCAUUCUCCUUAUAGUCAUGGCAGUUGGUAAUUUCACCAACACUGUAGCUACAGUGGCCACAAAGCUUACCAUCAAGGCCAAGAUGCGGAAGAAGGGCGGCGGAGCCAAGUCCCAAGAUUCCAGCAAAGUGACCGCAGCCCCUCACAAAGACGAGUAG